AUGACUAGCACUAGAUACUAUUGUCCGUUCGAUUGUGAAACAACAAUCAUUAAACUUCCUAUUGAGACGGAUAAUGAUGAUGGUAAGUCAAGACGCUAUAAUCAGGCAUCACUAUCAAUAACUCCACUUCCUUUCAAGUUUAUCAAAUGCCGGCGAGAAGUGAACGACAUCGACUCUGUCGACGCUGCAUCAGGCAUUCAAGCCACUCAGUUUUACCGUGUUGAUUCGUUCUGGGAUUUCGAUAACGUUGGAGUCAGCAAGCCGGUCAUAAAUAUCACUUCGGACCAAGUAAUCAAUCUGGUUAGGUGCGACACUAACGAGUCUGAGAACUUCUUAAUAUAUAGAUAUUUGACUUGUGGAGGGUGUGAUAAAGGAGCAGUCGGAUUUGGAGGAGUCCCUCUUAAGAAAGAUGUCAAAUCACACGCCGCAAUCACCGUAAUUGCAAAUGCAAACGAUCUCAUCUACUUCGUUACAGUUUAA